UGGGGUAUACUUUUAUUUGUGAAGGUUUUUUCAGCCAGGCUUAUACAUGGAUUACCUCAUACUUUGAUAGAGAAAAGAUGAAGGCCUCUUGCUGGUGAGAAACUUUAAUGGCACAUACAUCGCCUCAUAAUCAGUCAGCAAUGGACAUGGAUUCACUUCUCUUUACCCACAUCAUGGGUCAAAGAGAACAUUGCCAGAAGGCCUUCACUCUUCUAAAAGGCAUCAUUUGGCCAGGCACAAUGGCUCCCGCCUGUAAUCCCAGCACUUUGGGAGGCUGAGGCCGGUGGAUCACCUGAGGUCAGGAGUCCAAGACCAGCCUGGCCAAUAUGGUGAAACCCCAUCUCUACUAAAAAUACAAAAAUUACCCGGACAUAGUGGUGGGCACCUGUAAUCCCAGCUACUCAGGAUGCUGAGGCAGGAGAACUGCUUAAACCCAGGAGGCGGAGUGCAGUGAGCGGAGAUCACACCACUGCACUCCAGCCUGGGUGACAGAGUAAGACUCUAUCUCAAGAAAAAAAAAAAAAAAGCAUCAUUUGUUAGGUCCUUUUUCCAUGGUUUGAAGUAAAAGAGGCAAUGAUUAGAAAUGUAUCACUCAUGAUAGGCCCUAUAGCAGAUCCUCCUGUGAAAGCUAUGGUUACACAACAUAUUUUAAAUUCUCUUGUGAAAGUUGUGCUAAAUAGUAGAAUUGGCUAAACAGAGAAGUAUCUACGCAGCUACUGGCACUUGUGGUCUAUGAAGAAAUACAUCGGGUAUUAUAGAGAUUUGGUCGUAGGGGAUAAAUGAAAAGACCACCUAGUUAAGUGAGUACACUCUUUAACUUAUUCUUUGAUCUAUUUGAUUCUAGGUGGUUUGGUUUAUGGGCAUCCUAUACUCUAAACACUUGGUAUUAUCCUCUUGGUAGUCACAAUAGUAGUCUCCCUGGUGCACUGUAUUCUCUCAAAGGUUUUAAAUGUUUGCACACAGCCAUCUCUAGAAUGCCAAAAUGAUCUCUCUUCAACUGGAAUGACAAAAGCUGAAAGAAAUGUGCAACUAUGAGGACACCAUAACCUAUGAAGGACAUGCUGAGACUGGAAAUUUGAAAUGAUGAAAACUUAGAGAGGUGCUAAGCCUAAGUUUUCGUCACACUCUCACUGAAGUGAGAACCUGAACGAAAAGGGGGAAUUUUAUUAAAUAAAAUUAUGGGAGGCCAUUGUUUUGGGCUGAGCUCAUGCACUAGGCCCCAACAGACCAAACUGAACCAAACUGGAGCUGCUUGUGCUAAAUGUGCCCCGAACAGACCAGGUUUUGUUUUUCACCAGCAAACAGGACAUUCCAGCAUAAGGAGUUACCCUCUACCCACUCCUUGUUCCCUCCUUGCAAAACCCACUGUUCUACUGUUUCCCUGUGGGUUUCAAGACCAUAUAAGUGCAUUUACAAUGGUGACAGUGACAUCAAUGACUAAAGUUUUGGUCAUUUUCUCAAUUCUCAAUUGAGAAAUUGGUCAUUUCUCAAUUUCUCAUUUGAGAAAAUGACCAAAAGAGGGGAAUUGUUAAAGCAAACUAAGUAUGGCCUGAGAAGGACCCCAUACUUCUAAAUUUGAGUCCUUGUGGAUGAACUGUAACCUAGCUUAAUAGGCAGACAAGAUUGAAAAUCUAACUUUGGAGUACGUGCCUGUAACAAUAGCUGGAGUACGUGCCUGUAACCCCAGCCGCCAUACUUCAACCACUCACACACUGCUGAGUGUUCAAACUGUGUUCAAAUACGGCAAACACCAACUUGUAACCAAUCCAGCUGUUUCUCUCCCUCACUUCCGAUUUCUGUUCAUAUCUUCCCUUUUUUUUUUUUUCUAUAAAUUUGUUCUGACCAUGAGGCAUCCCUGGAGUCUCUGAAUCCGCUGUGAUUCUGGAAGCUGCCCCAUUGGCAAAUCAUUCAUUGCUCAAUUAAACUGCUUUAAAUUUAAUUCGGCUGAAAUUUUCUUUUAACAGGUUUAGAAAAAAUAAUGGCAAAAAUGAAUGAAAAUCCAAUAACACUGGAAGCAGAAAAGGCUGAGGGCUCCAAUAAGUGUAAAUAGUCCCAUGCCUAUAUUUUCUCCAUGGCAGUUACAAUCCAGCACAUUAUAUAUAUAUAUAUUUUGCUUCUCGCAUUUUGGCUUAGGGUAAAGCUUUUUAAAACAGGCACUGCCAACCAGUGUUAUCAAGAAGGUCUGGAUACCGUUUUGUGGGAACAUUUUAAAGAGGAAUGUCCAACAGGGAAAGGGAGAUGGGUUGGGAGAAGGGUAUCAGGCAGGUAUCUCAAAACAAUUUUUAGGACUAUACGUUUAAUUUAUUUGGUUGUGGACAUCAGAGCCGUCAUGGUAAGAAGGAAGCAAAGACUUUUGUAAUAAUUAAAGCCUUCAGAAGCAGCGUGCCCCAUUGCCCACUAGUGCGCCGUGAAGUCUGGUGUUCACCUACAGGAUCCCUCUCAGCACUACCCAGGCCUCCCUAGGGCUCCAGCACAGUAGCUUGGAGCUUGUUGGCUUGGUGACCCAGAUACACUCCCCAGGGAAUAUGCCUUGCAGUGGAGUCUCUUCCCCAGCACUACACAGCAAAAGGAAAGGGCCGCUGGGUGUCUGUGGGUCCUGGGCAGUCACAGAAGCCACCGCGCUGGCGGGGAGGAGGGGGACCGAUGCGGUCCAUGUCCCGGGCAGUCCCACCUUCUCUGCCUGCGAAGGGCCCUUUCCCGGCGGGAGGAGAGCGGCGCGCCCCACCCGGGCUCCUCUGCACUGCCGCCGCCAGGACCGAUUCCGCGGGCCUCGCCCGGCGCUCCAGCCGGUGCCCGCCUAGCUCCAGGCUCAUGGGCGCGGUCAGCAGGGCGGGCCAGGGCGGCGGGGCGCGACACUGGGAGGAAGUGCGGGCCGCCUGCCCGGGCGCGUUAAGGAAGUUGCCCAAAAUGAGGAAGAGCCGCGGGCCCGGCGGCUGAGGCCACCCCGGCGGCGGGAGAGCGAGAAGGAGCGCGUUGCCCCGCGCUGCGACCGCCCUCGCCUCACCUGGCUCAAGUAGGUGUGGCCGCUUCCCUUCCCCGGCCGGAACUUUCUGGUGGACACCUGCGCGGGUGUGUGGCCUCCCGGCCCCUGAAGCAUGGCCAGCAGCAGCAUGGCUGACAGCGCCAACCACCUGCCCUUCUUUUUUGGCAACAUCACCCGGGAGGAGGCAGAAGAUUACCUGGUCCAGGGGGGCAUGAGUGAUGGGCUCUAUUUGCUGCGCCAGAGCCGCAACUACCUGGGCGGCUUUGCCCUGUCCGUGGCCCACGGGAGGAAAGCACACCACUACACCAUUGAGCGGGAGCUGAACGGCACCUACGCCAUCGCCGGCGGCAGGACCCACGCCAGCCCCGCCGACCUCUGCCACUACCACUCCCAGGAGUCUGAUGGCCUGGUCUGCCUCCUCAAGAAGCCCUUCAACCGGCCCCAAGGAGUGCAGCCCAAGACUGGGCCCUUUGAGGACUUGAAGGAAAACCUCAUCAGGGAAUAUGUGAAGCAGACAUGGAACCUGCAGGGUCAGGCUCUGGAGCAGGCCAUCAUCAGUCAGAAGCCUCAGCUGGAGAAGCUGAUCGCCACCACAGCCCAUGAAAAAAUGCCUUGGUUCCAUGGAAAAAUCUCUCGGGAAGAAUCUGAGCAAAUUGUCCUGAUAGGAUCAAAGACAAAUGGAAAGUUCCUGAUCCGAGCCAGAGACAACAACGGCUCCUACGCCCUGUGCCUGCUGCACGAAGGGAAGGUGCUGCACUAUCGCAUUGACAAAGACAAGACAGGGAAGCUCUCCAUCCCUGAGGGAAAGAAGUUCGACACACUCUGGCAGCUAGUUGAGCAUUAUUCUUAUAAAGCAGAUGGUUUGUUAAGAGUUCUUACUGUCCCAUGUCAAAAAAUCGGCACACAGGGAAAUGUUAAUUUUGGAGGCCGUCCACAACUUCCAGGUUCCCAUCCUGCGACUUGGUCAGCGGGUGGAAUAAUCUCAAGAAUCAAAUCAUACUCCUUCCCAAAGCCUGGCCACAGAAAGCCCUCCCCUGCCCAAGGGAACCAGCAAGAGAGUACCGUGUCGUUCAAUCCAUAUGAGCCAGAACUUGCACCCUGGGCUGCAGAAAAAGGCCCCCAGAGAGAAGCCCUACCCAUGGACACAGAGGUGUACGAGAGCCCCUACGCAGACCCCGAGGAGAUCAGGCCCAAGGAGGUUUACCUGGACCGAAAGCUGCUGACGCUGGAAGAUAAAGAACUGGGCUCUGGUAAUUUUGGAACUGUGAAAAAAGGCUACUACCAAAUGAAAAAAGUUGUGAAAACAGUGGCUGUGAAAAUACUGAAAAAUGAGGCCAAUGACCCCGCUCUUAAAAAUGAGUUAUUAGCAGAAGCAAAUGUCAUGCAGCAGCUGGACAACCCGUAUAUCGUGCGCAUGAUCGGGAUAUGUGAGGCCGAGUCCUGGAUGCUGGUUAUGGAGAUGGCAGAACUUGGUCCCCUCAAUAAGUAUUUGCAGCAGAACAGACAUGUCAAGGAUAAGAACAUCAUAGAACUGGUUCAUCAGGUUUCCAUGGGCAUGAAGUAUUUGGAGGAGUGCAAUUUUGUGCACAGAGAUCUGGCUGCAAGAAAUGUGUUGCUAGUUACUCAACAUUAUGCCAAGAUCAGUGAUUUCGGACUUUCCAAAGCACUGCGUGCUGACGAAAGCUACUACAAGGCCCAGACCCAUGGAAAGUGGCCUGUCAAGUGGUACGCUCCAGAAUGCAUCAACUACUACAAGUUCUCCAGCAAAAGCGAUGUCUGGAGCUUUGGAGUGUUGAUGUGGGAAGCAUUCUCCUAUGGGCAGAAGCCGUAUCGAGGGAUGAAAGGAAGUGAAGUCACCGCUAUGUUAGAGAAAGGAGAGCGGAUGGGGUGCCCUGCAGGGUGUCCAAGAGAGAUGUACGAUCUCAUGAACCUGUGCUGGACGUACGAUGUGGAGAACAGGCCCGGAUUUGUAGCAGUGGAACUGCGGCUGCGCAAUUACUACUAUGACGUGGUGAACUAACCGCUUCCGCACCUGUCGGUGGCUGCCUUUGAUCACAGGAGCAAUCACAGGAAAAUGUAUCCAGAGGAAUUGAUUGUCAGCCACCUCCCUCUGCCAGUCGGGAGAGCCAGCCUUGAAUGGAACAUGCCCGUGACUUGUCACCCGAAGCCUGUCCCAGGACUCACCCUCCACAAAGCAAAGGCAGUCCCGGGAGAAAAGACGGAUGGCAGGAUCCAAGGGGCUAGCUGGAUUUGUUUGUUUUCUUGUCUGUGUGAUUUUCAUACAAGUUAUUUUUACAAUCUGUUUCCAAAUCCCUUUCAUGUCUUUCCCCUUCUCUGGUUCCUGGGGUGCAUUUGUUACUCAUCGGGCCCAGGGACAUUGCAGAGUGGCCUAGAGCACUCUCACCCCAAGCAGCCUUUUCCAAAUGCCCAAGGAUGCCUUAGCAUGUGACUCCUGAAGGGAAAGCAAAGGCAGAGGAAUUUGGCUGCUUCUACGGCCAUGAGACUGAUCCCUGGCCACUGAAAAGCUUUCCUGACAAUAAAAAUGUUUUGAGGCUUUAAAAAGAAAA